UUUCGUCAAGUUUUCCCACCUGGUCACUUUUCAUACUAAUUGCACCACCGGCCAAAACCUCCAACAACAGCCCACGAUACGAUAUGAUGAUGUCUUGAUAGCGGAUUAGCAGCCACGACCGCUUGGCACAGCCGAAACAAACAUUCAUCCCAGAAGACGACUUAACCGACUCAACCGACCACAAGCCCUCACACACGCAUCAUCCGUCUUCCAUCACUUCCACACCUUCCGUCGGUAGCCACUCUCUCGUCACCUCGCUAGGUAGUAGGCGUGCUGGUUCCGCUCGCGCCCGGGACCUUGCUUGCUGCUCCUCUACUCGCCCACCCCUCUUGCUCCCAUUCCUCUUCGGGACCACCUGGCCUGCCUCGUCGCUUUGAAUGGGGGAUUUCAAACCGUCGCGUCUACUCAACUGCCUGCGGCGCCCUUCACAACUGGUUUGACAGCGCCUUUGCCCUCCCGCCCGAGAGCUAUCAGCAGGUGCACCAACACCCCGACAAGCCCAUGUCGCCUUCGCCAGGCGAUGCGCCGUCAUCGCCAGACUUGACCCGCCCCAGCGGCCUGGCGAGCGUUUUCAAGGGGUUAGCCGGAGCCAAGUUGACGAAAUCCCCUCCACCGAGCCUCAAAUCAGCCUCUUCAAUCUUAUCGCCGCUGGCCGACCACGUAAAUGCCACUCGCACGAACCUCGCGGGCCUGUCGCCGAACCACAUGGAGUCAUUUGAGCUGCUUAAGAACGGAAAUGGCAAUGUUGCCGAGCGCAUCGCGGCCGCGAACUCGCUCCGAUAUGCCGUUGCCGAAUACCCCAUGAACCCGGUGCUAGAAAUCUGGUAUGCCGCGAAGGGUAUGAUCGAUGCGACAAAGACGGAGACGGAGCGGAUCGCUGGCUGGGAACUCCUUUCGGAAUGCGUCAAGCACAAGUCGUCGACAGAUCUCGAGCGCCAAGAGUACUUCCUGACCAUAACGGCGCCGGCGAAUCCCCAAGACUUCCAUCUUCAACUUGCCGCUGUCGUGGAUCUCACCAAUCACGGGCGUGAUCUAUCCGGGUUCGACUAUCAAGUGAUCGGUGUUCUGCAAAGGUGGCUCCGCGAGGCAUACCAGGCUGUCAAGGCAGCUCGAAGGCUAGCUAGCCGUGAUGCUAAGAAGAAUGCUGGCAAGGCCAAGGUCUCAGCUGCGGGAGAGGAGAAGAACCUACACCAGCUCUUCACCUUCAUCGGAGACGUCAUCAAGUUCAGUUCAAAUGUAGCAGAUGAAACUGCCAUGUCUGGCCUGAUGGACACCCUAGUCACGAUCUGUCUGAGCACAACCAUCGAAGACGACCUGCGGGCUUCAAUCAAUGUCAUCGACGCAAUUGUGACCUUCGGCGCCUUGCCAGCCGCCAGCUUCAAGGGGUGCGUCUUGGUUCUGGGCUCCAUAUUCUGUCUUGUGCCAAGCUUGUCCAAGACGGCAUGGCACACCAUCUCCAUUCUACUGAAGUCGCACAACGGUCCUGCGGCAGUGAGGGUCUUGGUAGAUCUGUUGCGGCACCUCCCAGCAGAUGGCAGCAGCAAAGGAAAAGAUACCAGGGAUAUUCGAGGUGUGCUGGCUGUUUUAGAGAAGCUUUUGACGAAGAGCACAGAGAAGGGCUACCCGCCUGUCCCAUUCGCGCUGCUCCUCGACGGCUUGGUUGCCACAGUUCACAGCACAGACUCUGGCCGGGUCCACUGUGCUGUGCUCAAACUGAUUAACUCUCUCUUCCGGGACGGUGACGGCAAAAUUCACACUUUGAUCGUCGAGGAGGACUGGUCAACCCUACUGUCCAUCGCUGUGGAAUGCUCGAAAAGGGCGCCGCCGGGUAUAGUCAUCGGAAGCGAGAUGAUUGCUUUGGCAAGCGAGCCUGACCGACCGGACGGAGCCAUUGGGGUUGAGUUGCUGAAGCUUAUCAUGCGCUUGGAGGAGCUAGCCAGCCACAGGUCGGGUGACUUUGUCCCUCGGCAGAUCAUCAUCAAGUUCUUCACCGACAUCCACACUCGACUUCCGGACUCGGCAGCACGUGUGGUACUCACCUACUUUCAAGAAUUCCGAUGCUGCUCGCCUUCCGAUCUGCAGUGGGAGGAAAACGUGUCUUUGGUGCUGAAGGAGUUUUACGCCAAUCGAAGUCGAAGUUCCGAAACCCGUCUCCUGUCUCUUCAGGCAGUAACCGAAUCUUACGACAUGAUGGACCUUAUUGGGGAGGGGCUUGGUGACGAUGACUGUGUGCCCAACCUGAUCAAGGACCUACUCAACAACAUUGCCGAUGAGACUAAUCUCCUCGUGCUCGAAUCGGUUGUUGCCUUUAUGGUCUCCGUCGCUGUUUCCUCAGACUCGGAGCUUUUCAAUUACAUCACUGACACACUGAGGACCAUUGUCGUCAAUGAUCGUCUCUUGUCUCCCGUUGCAUCGUCUGCGUCUCGGCCCACAACUCCUGUCGGGGGCGAAGCUGGCCCCCAAAGGAGUUACACGGCCUCGGGGGUCGUAACAAGGGGCUAUGUCAAGUUAUUUAUGCGGUGCAUGAACCUUGACGGAGCUAAGUCUAUCAAGCUUUACGACACGCUUGUCAACAUCGCCAAAACAAACCAUUGCAAGACGGAUGCCCGGCUCACUGCGAUGAAACUACUCUUCCGCCUCCGAGCUGAUUGGGCAAACCGAGUUUUCUUGAUUAAUGACACAGAAUCCGAGGGCCUUGCGGCGACGCUCCUCCACACAGCCUCCUCUCGGGCACGCAAGCAAGCUGAAGACGCAUCGCAACCGGCGAGGGCUACCAGAGCGGAACAAGGUACCGUCUCACGGACCACGAGAGGGAUCUCUUUCAGCAGCUCCGGAACACAGGACAGAGCUUUUCCAGUCCGUUCCGCCAGCGGGGCAAAAUCGUCUUAUCCAUACAAACAACUCUGGGCCCUGCCAGACCCGGAAGCCCUGCCCGAGUCUCCAACAGCCAUCGCAAGUCCCAUCCUGGCGUCACACGUCGAAGGCCCGAUCUCGGAUACCAAGGAGGGAAGCGAGCUGUUUCCUAGGGAAGCGAUACAAGUCGUUUUGAACAUGGACGCUUGGCUUGACACCAUUGUUCACAUCAUCGAGCAGGGUUGUGAAUGGGAGAUCUAUAGUAUGGUCUUGGUUCAUCUACCCUCGCAGCUUACAAAUCACGCAAUAUUCCGGGGUGCAGUGCCACAAAUCCAAGAGCUCCGGCGAGUGACGUGCGAGCAGAUACGGACAAACAACUUCCAGGAACCACCUUCCUCUACAGGUUUGCGCCGUGCCGAUGUUGCCAUCUGCCUCUUCCACAGCUUGACUAUGAUUCUGAGCUAUCACGAAUUCUUCCUCAAGGAUCAAGAAGACGAGAUUGUACAAGCUUUUGUCAAGGGCAUUUCGACGUGGGAACGAUGCGCCAAGUAUUGCAUUCACGCCCUGUCGAUCUGCUGCCACGAGCUGCCUCUGUCCACAAGCAAAACGCUCGUGCAAAUGUUGCAGAAAAUGGCACAGAUCAUCACCCAGCCCCAUGUGGCUAUGCACAUUCUGGAAUUUCUUGCUUGCCUCAGCAGAAUGCAGAAUCUAUACGUCAACUUUAGAGAAGACGAGUACCGCAUCGUGUUUGGAAUCUGUGUCCGCUACCUCCAGUACGUGCGAGAUAAGAAGCAGACUCAGCGAGGCAGUCUUCACAGCGAAGCAUCAACACCGACCGGUUCCACUCCGGAUCUUCUACAUCCGAACGCCGCAGAUGAUCUGCCCCAGUAUGUGUACGCCUUGGCGUAUCAUGUCAUUACGUUCUGGUUUUUGGCCUUGAAGCUACCAGAUCGUGCUAACCACGUCGGUUGGAUUGCCAAGAACUUGCUCAGCGAUGUAGACGGCGGACAAAGCCCUGAAGAGCAAGCCUUGGUGACGCUCGACUUUAUGCAACGGGUUGCCUACGCAGACGCGGACGAGUCUUCGCAAGAUCUUCUCUUUACUAGAGAGCGGUUCGGUGAGAUUUUGAAGCGACGAUGGUUGAUGGGCAACAGCAUUGUGACGAUUGAGCAAGCGGCCACAACUGGGUGGUCACAAAUCACCAAGCGGCAGCCCUCGGGGACGUCAUCGUAUAUUGUGCAUGAGAAUUUCCAGCCUCGCCCAGCCCACCAAGCUCAGUACAUAUCAGAUGUGUCGAGAGACGGGCAACUGACCAACAACAAUAUCCUGCCGAGCCACUUGAUGGUUCAGCUGAUGACCUCGACGCCCCAAAUACAAGACACCGCCCGACCUGUCCCUCUCCCAGACGACGACGCGAUUCAAAGAGCCAUCAGAGUCUUUGAUCGUAACUCGACUGUGGAUGGGCAUAAGGUCGGAGUGGUGUAUAUUGGCGAAGGCCAAACACACGAGACCGAAAUCCUUUCGAACGUCUCGGGCAGCAGCGACUACGUCGCUUUCCUCAACGGGCUGGGCACAUUGACAAGACUGAAAGGGUCGAAGUUCAAUACACAAGGACUGGACAGAGAGUACGACACGGACGGCGAGUACACCUUCUGCUGGCGUGACAAGGUGACAGAGAUGGUUUUCCACGUCAUUACUCAGAUGCCCACCAAUCUGGAGCGGGACCCUCAAUGCAUCCUUAAAAAACGACACAUCGGCAAUGACUUUGUCAACAUUAUCUUCAACGACUCCGGUAUGCCCUUCAGGUUCGAUACUUUUCCGAGCGAGUUCAAUUACGUCAACAUUGUCAUUACCCCAGAGGCGAGGGCAUCCUUUCUCACCAUUAGGGAGCACCCGCCGAGUGAAGGGAAACACCCGCCUUUCUACAAAGUACAAGUCAUGAGCAAACCCGGCUUCCCCGAGAUCUCCCCAGCAUCCGAAACCAAAAUGGUUAGCUUGAGAGCGCUUCCAGGAUUCAUUCGGUUGCUGGCGCUCAAUGCUUCCGUCUUUUGCCUUGUGUGGGCAAACCGCGAAGGUGGUGAACACGUCAGUUCAUGGCGCAACAGGCUCAGGGAGAUCAAACGGCUUCGCGAGAAGUAUGGACCUAAAAAUGCGUCCAGCGUACACCAGCCGUCGCACCCGCAUUUGCCCCACAUGAACAGUGCUUCAACGCCCUCGCCACCUCCAACGUCUCUGGGAGGCGCAGUCGUUGGCAACAGCCUCUCCGUCGCCCAGAGUGCGGAUGCGUCUAAGUCUUCGGCCAAUGUGCGUGACAGCUUCAGCAGUCUGCGCCGGUCGUCGGUAGCCACAUUUUUCACCAGCACGAGCGAGCAGACUAGCCACCGGAGCUCGAUGCUGUCUACCACCACCAACGACACCGAGGUUUCGCCCGGAAACGGCAUCGACUCGCUCGUUGAGUCGGUUGACUUUUCCAAAUGGGCGUAACAGCGGCUCGUACUAUUCAACAUCUUCUCAUGUCAUCAUAACGAAAGCUCAGGCGUGGGGGAGGUGAGUGGGCGGGAAUUAACGACGGAAGAGAAAACCCUUCAAAACACUCGGCACAUGACGUCUUUGACGACUACUUUAACGGCAAUGGAGCCCGGGAUAAAGGGGGUUGGCGGAUCUUUGGGAACGGAUACCACCAAAAGUUUUUAUUUUUAUCUUUAUUCUUUGCUUUUACGAGGGACAUUUCUGUGUUUCCCUAUUUGUGUAGGCAGGCUAUUUUAAACUAGAAUCGUCGUGUGUAUGGUGGCCUCAGUCGAAAGCGAUGAUUCACAAACACAGCUGAGACCAAUCGAGGUGUGCAGCUAGGCAUUGAGAGGGUAGCACACGCCUGACUACUCCGACACAAAAACCAACCACCCAACUUCCUAAAUCACGAUCGCGUUCUUCGGGAACGUGGUGGUCACAGGUCCACCCCUCUCCUUUCCUUUACCUCGACGUACACUACACGUGUACUUCGUCCCAUCCGAUACACUCACAAAGGCCCAGACUCCAGUCCAAACAUGUAGGUUGACUGAGAAGAGGGAAACAGUCAAAACGCAUAAAUCAACGUUCCCCAGCAUGCCCUACCUUACUUUGAUGCUCUCGUUGUCUAUCCGUAAGGUCUAGAAAGUCUUUCGCGCCCUCGUUUCGCGCCGUCCAGCCCCUGCAAGAAGGGUUUCACAUUCUUGUUAUUCUAUUCUUUUGUUUUCAGUUUUCAAUCUGGCCUGUACCUUGCUCUCUCUCCCGUAAUGUCUCCACGUGUAACGAGGGCCAUCUUCUCGGAGGAAACUGCAUACCCGCGGGAAAGGAAACAAAGAGUCGCGCUCCUCAUGAGGUUCUCCUCGCGUGGUGGCCCAGCUCACACCCGCUCAUGUAGGACGUUCCGGCCACUCAGUCUGACCCGGUCGAUUGAUGCUCAGUCAUAAACCCCAUUCCAUGCCUAUCAACGGCUCAGUGGGGACAUUCAUUUGUAUAGAUCCACCUGUCUGCAGGCCAGAACCAACACGCUUUGUUGGUUGGCGGCGCUUGGCGUUGAACCGCUGUUGGGAUGUCGUCUUUUACAAAAUAGAGAGGGGGAACGGGGUGCCCGCCCAACUGGUUCGAUUGUUUAAGUACCUAACUACCAAUGGUCAAUAAGGAGCAUCGCCAAUGCGUGACGACUAGAAAGUUUCAUGACGGAUAGCAUCUCUAUUGCAGACGGGCGUCGACAACACGUUCCUCCUCGUCUCAAACAAGACUUCCAGGCAUUUCUUUCCUGAUUUAUUCAGCGAACAUGAGUUCUCCGCUUUCGAACCCACUCGAUCCCCUCCCUAUAUUUUCUUCAUUUGGUAAGAGUAACAGGGCCGGGAGGCCACAGAGGCCGAACGCAAGGACUCUACGUCAUAGGGACAAGACCGGCCGAGUUCAAACCUGCAGUUUGCUGUUGAAAGUUUCUCAUUGCCCAGCUAAGAGUUGCGUCAUGACAAGGCAACCCCAAAAUGAGUAGUUGCUAGUUCAGCGAUGCCAUCUCCGCAGAUGGAUUUCCAGAUCUCGCGGGUCUCGGGUUUACAAGUCGAAUAAUCCCCUUCCCCUCUGGCGAUAUGUGGCUGGUUAGCAGGCCUUUUUCUUCAAAGUCGGAACCACCGGGCCCUCUCGGAAAAGAAGGAUGUAACCCGGUAUAUACUAAACCCUAGAAGCAGAGUCACUCUCAGAAAUAACUCGGCGCUUGAUGAGUAACCGAUUGGGGUAGUGUUUUGACAUUUUGUGCAUUGUCAGCACAUCGGCUGCAUAAUACCGCUGGAGGUGGGCAUGGAGAUACCUUAUUUGCCGGUGGCAACAGCGAUUUGGCAAGUCGAGGAGGUCGUUUUCGAGUCAGUCGGGCCGGCGAUGGGUUGCAAGAACGACAGCGCAUAUGCAUAUGCCGGUCUUGCAUUGUUGUCACUUCAGCGGCGUUAAAGGUACGGUG